CUUCUGAGUAUUUACAUUAAUAAUCAUGGGCUGACCCUCCAUUCCAUGAGAAGGGAAGAGCUGCCAGCCUGGCCUGUGCUCUUGCUGCUCCUCAGGUGCCAGCCAUCCUUUCCUCUCAGUGCUUCUGUGGCACAUGUGAGGUAUAUCCAGAGCUGCCACUUCUGCUCUGUUCAUAGGUUGGAAAGUGCUGUGCUCUUUCAAACCUUGAAGCAGCAGAUGCUUCUCUCCCCCUUCAAAGCAAGGCCCACCGUCCUACUGGAAACUGGCACUAACCUUGUGCAAAAGUGAUGCUUGAGCAUCACAAUUACACUAAAACAGUUACUUCAAAAUACAACAAAAUACUUCAAAAAAAAAAACAGGAAAAAAAGUAAUAGGAUGUUUGCCACGUUUGCUGGACUUGAGCUUUUUUUAUUUGGACCACUUUCUCAUCUCUGCUACUUAAUUCCAUCCAGAAUCAAAUUCUUAGAAGGAGUUUUAAAAACUCUCAAGCAGGUAAGUGGUCGUAUAUAGUAGCACCCCAAAAUAUGAGGUUUAAAAUGCUGUCCCUGCCAUAACUGCCAUGGACAGCAAGGCUGUUCCAAUUUGAAUCAUCCCCCUUAAGUUGUGCUUUCAAGAACAUAAUGUGGCAACAUGUACUUCAUGUCACAGUCAUUGAGAGGGGGAGAAAUUUAAAAUACCCUUUAAAUUUUUUUUCUGUCUUAAAAAAAAAAAGAAAAUAAAAAAGCUUCUUGUACCAUCAAGGAGUUCCUCUCACAUCUCUUGCAAGGUCAAUAAAUUUAGGACUCUUUAGCAACCAAGUUUUCAUAGUUCCUAUUGAUUCCAAAUAGUAACAGCAGGUAUAAAAGUCUUCCUUGUGGAAAGGGUAAAAUGCUGUGCAGACAGAUCCAGUCCACUGGUAGGGAAUGAACUACCUUGGUGUUCAUUGCUUGCAGCCACCAAGCUGCUCAAGUGUAACUUCAAGGCCGAGGCUCGAGAUGCCUGCCAGGAGGAUCUCAUCCCUGUCCAUGGGUGUGAGCAAGGUAACUGGAGCUGCUGAUGCUGUUUUCCCAGUCCAGGCAAGUCCAUUUCCAUCUCAGUGCUAGGCAGCACAGCAAAGGAGCUGCUGCCAUUUCAGGCCUGUGAAAUUCUCCCAGAGAUCCUCAUCUCUACAGCCUGCAGGCUCUUAAUGAUGAGGAGGACUUUGGCAUGCAGCUCGUGGCAUGAAGCAACAUCAACUUUUCUUGACUGGACUCUAAUGGAGAGCAUCAAACGAACCAGCCACACCGUAGCCUGUUGCUGCUUUGUGGCUUAGCUUCCUGCCAGUUGCCACUGUGUUUCACUGAUCUGUCAUGCCACUCUGAACUUCUUCAGUGCUUCCACAUUUUGGGAUAUACAAAGGGUUCUUUUUUCUCUGGCCAGCUCCCAGCUGUCUGCUCCUGUCUCUGCAGCUCCAGACACAGAGGAGGCAGUUUGCCUGCUUAAUAGUCCAAGAUGCUCACUGAUACAUUAAUGGCAGGGUGCUGAAGAAAAUAAAUGUAAACAUUUAAGAUCUGCCUUAUUCAGCCCAUCUGAUACUUUAAAUGAAGCAGAAGCCCUAGGGAGGAAAAAUAAAGGAAAAGGGUAUGUGAUCAUGUAAUUAAAGACUGGAUCAUAAUGGAUAUGCACAGAAGGGUUGAAUUAAGGUUCUACUGGAAUUCCAGCUUCUGAUAUUUCCUAACUUUUAAGGAAUACAAUGCAACCUUUACAACAUUUCUUUCAUGUUGUUUUGGCAGAAUCUGUUUCUUGACAUUGGCUUGAAGAGAGCCUAGCACUUUGUUGAGUUCUGUCAUAAUGGAAAUAAGCAAUAGAAAUACCCUUUUAUCUGUGCCACACACACACAUACACACCCUGUAACUAUUGCAACAUGCUCUUUUCACAGCUUUUUCUGAAGCUACUGAGUGUUCUUUAUGGUAAGUGGAAAGAUUCAAGAGUUCAAAGGAGAAGAAUUAGAGUUACUUGAUUUUUAAAAAAUUUGCUGUAGUCUUAGGGUCUGAAUUAGUAUAUAUUUGCUUAUGAAAGUGGAUACACUCCAUAUUCAGCAUGGAUUUUUUUUUUUCCGGUUUGAGAGGGUUACAGGCUUUUAUGUGGUAUCUUAUUAAAGCCUUUCAGUGUAGAAAAGUGUUAGGUCUCUUCCUGUUUCACUGUCAAGUCUAGAUAAUUUUUUGCAUUGUUUGGCAUUGAUCUAAUAGAGAAAUAACAGUUGAGAAAUAAUUGGUAUUUGUUUCCAGAAAGGAUUAUGUGUACCUUAGGUUGGCAUAAGCUUUCUCUCACCUGUAAGCUGAAGAGUACAGGUUGCAAUACAUGAAAUACAACAACAAUCCAUUCUAUGCAGUUUAGUUUUGGUGUAGGUGGAUGUUACUAAAAUGCCACAGUAUUUUCAUCAUUUACCAAAUAUUUGAAAAUAUAUAGGAAGAGGUUUCUCUUUUAUUUUUACUUUAUGCAGAAGAAAGCUUUCCAUGGGAUGCUUAAAACAGUUUUCAAUGUUUUAGCCCAUUUCAUUCUUUGAAUAUGCAGUGGCAGCUGUAGUGACAUUAAGCUGCUGCUCCAGGAGGCAGAGGUAACCCAGAGUCCAUAGCCAGUCCUGCAUGCCAUGCUGCUCCUCAGGGGUCCCCAUGGCCUGGCUGUGAGUUCCUUGUUUUGUAAAGUUUUCAAGCAGGUACUCCUCAAGCUACAGUGGUGAUAUGGAAGUCCUCCCUGGAAAAACUUUGGCUCCAUGGCUUGGUUGUAGACAGAGACAGCAGUAGCCAGCCCCUGUCACUGCAGGGGCAUUGAUCCUGAAGGCACUUCCGUCUGACCUGAUAAACAAAUCCCCUGGAAACAAAUCUACAAGAAAAAGCUGGAUCCUAUACCAGCGUUCAGCAAGGAGGUUUUAAGAGAGAAAAUGUUACUGUUAAGACUAGCUGUCAAUUAAUCAAGGACUUGUUGAAAAUUUGAUUUAAAAGGAUGAGACAUAUUCUAUUGGCUGUCUUGGUACACAUAGAUAUAAAUCUUCAUGCUGCAAAUUAAGAAUGCAACAACCAAGCUGUGAUUGUUCUCCAGACCUGGUCAAAGAAACAUGCACCAGCGUGGAACCUCUGGACAGGGAAGCUGAACUCCAUAAGGAAAAUGCUGCUUUGUCUGAAAGCAGCAGCCGAGAAGAUGUCUUCAGUUCCUCUGAAAUGCAGACAGUACCAGUUUGUAUGGACACCACCUUGCCUCCCAGAGACUACAUUCUCCAGAAAGGUUGCACAGAGUCUUCAUUUCGGAGGCUUCCUGCAGAGGAGUGCAUUGGGAUCCACCAUGCGCCUUUCCAGUUCGAUCGCCAUGCCCGGGCCAGAAUUUCCACUUCUCCAACUUUAAGGCGUCUAAGGAUGGCCUCUGCCUCACAAGCACUGUCAUUUCAGGACUGUUCUGACACAGCUCACCCAGGGAAUCAAAAGGAUUACACUGGCUCUCUCCACCACAUUUGUAAGAGUCCACCUCGUUGCAUUACAACGUCUUCAUUGUCGCUGCCUUCUUGUGUCCAUGCAAAAUUAUUGUCGUCCAAAGCCAAGUCUGAGAGAACUACAGCAGUUCCAGAAUCUGACCUACCCAGAUCAAAGCUUCCAAGCAAAGAAGAUCCUCUCAGCAAUGACAGUCCCAAUGAGCCACCCAGAAGCUCCUGGAGAGCCAACUCUGCUACACUUCCUACGAGACUCCCCCGCCCAAUCUCUACACUUUGGGCAGGUGUCCAGGAGAGUGGAUUGCCCAUGCAAAGAUCAGCCGAGCGCAGGCGCAGCUCCCUGGUGGUGACUCUGCCGGGACUCGAGGUGUUCCCUGGAGACCUGCUGGUGUCAGACAGUGCCAUGGACUACCUGCCCUGCUCAUCCUCCCUGCUCAGUGCAGAGUCCAAAAAGUCAAGGUGGCCAUUUGCCAAAAGAGGAGUUGGUAAAGACAAACAGAAGCAAGCAUCUGAUCUGGAAAGUUGUCUUUCUGCUGUUAAGAUCACAGACCACUGCACAGAUGAAUUUUUCUGCUUCAAGAGUAAAUCUUGGCAUGAAUUUAUAAAUGAGCAACAGACUGAGCAGAAAUAUGUCAACAGCCAGCUAGAAGUGAAAAAAGAAGAAGCAGUGUGGGAACUUUUCACAAGUGAAUGCACUUACUUUCUGGAUCAUUUGCUGGUUCUCAAGAUGAUAUUUAUGAACACUCUAAAAUACCUCCAGAGUAAUGAAUUUCUCUUGGAUGUGGAUUUGUGGAGACUUUUUGCAAACUUAGAGGAGUUAAACAAGAUAAGUCUCAGUUUUCUGAAAAUGUUUUUUGAAACUGUGAAGAAGCACAUCAGCAAGUCAGACUCUCCUAUGGAUUUCAGCUCUGUACUCAGAAAGUUUUUCCAGGGUGACCUCUGCCAGACACACCAGAUUUACUGUCUUAAUUAUACCUCUGCUGUAUUCUACCUUGAAAAACUGAGACAGAGAGAAGAUUUUAGCAUCUACCUGAAGUGGUGUGAACAAAAUGAGCAGUGCAAGAGGUUGCAUCUGCCAGAGCUGCUGGUUGCUCCUCUGCAUCGACUGACGCGGUAUCCCCUCCUCCUCAACAACAUCUGGAAGAGGAGCACUGACGAAACAGAGAAAAGUUUUAUCCAGUCACUUAAAGAGAAGGUGGAAAAGUCUAUAAGGGAUCUGGAAGGUAAAGUCAAGUGGUUGGACAACUUUCAGAAGUUCAGGCAGCUGCAAGAGGUCAUAAUUUGGCCUCAGGUCUGGGAUCGUGACAAAAGGUUCUUUGUCCCAGAGUGUUUGAAGCAAAACUUAAAAGAAAACAGCAGUGAAAACAUUUUGUCUUCAGUGAGCAGACUUCUCCUUCAUGAAGGGAAGCUGAUGCUAGCAGAAAGCACAAGACUCCUUGAUGUCUACCUCUUUUUAUUUGAUGAUUUCCUACUAAUUACCAAAAUUAAACGUAACAAAAAGAAAUAUGGAGGCUCAGACACCAGUUUAAUCCCCGUCUGUCCUUCCCUCACUUCUGAGCUGCAGUGUUUCAUAAGAGAGGGGGGAUUUUGCACAGUCCUAGACCAGCCCAUCCCACUAGACAGACUCGUACUGAAAAAUGUUGAACCCGUCCAAGUUACAGUCUUCAGCCUGCGAAAUGCUUUUCUAAUUCAGCAUGAGAACAGGUAUCGGCAGUGCAUAGCAGUCUUCUUGCUACAAGCUCAGACAGAGACUGCCAAGAAAGCAUGGAUGUCACAGAUAGAAACAGCAAUCUCCAAUUACACCACACAACAUGAAACCAAGAAAAGCACUGCUUUCUGCUUCUCUGUGGAAUCCUCUGAAAUUUAAUAAUGUCAGCAUUGCACUGCCAGAGCCACUGGAAGACUAUUGUGGUGAUAAUAUAGUUAUUUUAUAAUAUAAAUAUAAUGCCUUAGGUCUCUGAAGCUAACAGAUUUCUGACUUGACAAAAAUAUGGCGCAUAGACAUAUUCCAUGUAGGAAUAAAUUGGAGGAGGGGAAUGAGCCAUGCAACAAAUGUAGUGCUCCUAGAUACUCCUUUGCUUCACCUAGGGAAGGUUCUUGCCACCCAAGGAAGCUUUAAUAGAGCUUGUCAUUUCCUAGAAAGCAUGACGGGCAAAACCCCUAUGCUGGUAAGGACAACUCAUUCACCAGAGAAGUUCAGAAGGGUUAUUGCAUCAUUCAAACUGUAUUAAUAAAUUUCAUUAAAUUAGAAUUGUGUAGCCAUAGCUUCUGAUAUGUAUGUGUCUCUACCCAGUAACCUAUAAUAUCCCAAGAUGUUUUUUGCAUUAAUACUGAGCGUGUGUAUAUAUGCACUUACCUGGUCCAGUGCUCUCCAGAUACAGCCUGGCCACUGUGAUACACAAAUUCCUGCUCUUCCCCUGUGUCUAUCAUGGGCAAGUUUUUUCCUUCCUGGGAAAGGAACAGCCAUCAGGCUCCAUGCCAAGUGGUGAAUGUGUGAAGCAGGAGGGCAGAAGAGAGUGCAGACAGAUCUGCACCAGGGCACCGCACAAGCUGCCAAGGCCUUGCCACAACUUGGCUGACACAGCUGUGCUCCAUCUCCUCAAUCCCAUGCUCAGCUGCACACUGCAUCACACCGAGGGCUCACCAGAACCUCCCAGCAUCCUGAAACCACUGCUGGCAGCACAAAGAUAUUUCAGCCCAGAGCAGUCACACCUGACAGACUAAGGUGUGUGCUCUGUGUGCUGGCAGAAGGGAAAGGGUAUUUCACUUUGCAUACUUUUCCACAAAACAACCUUUAGCCAGGUCUACUCACUUUACCAGACAAGUAGUCAUUCCUGGCCAGCAUGUCUCCAAGGAGGACAGCCCACUGGAAGGAAGUAUUUACACACAGGCUUGUCUUCAGAGAUGCAAGCUCAAUAGGCUCUUCUGUGGUGUCAAGAGAACGAUACCUCAGGAAUCGUUGAGGCAGAAAUUGACUUCCCAGUUCAAACUGCCUUCCAGAGGAGACCUCUCUUCUCCAUCUUUCUCCAUAUCUACACAGAGCCCCUGCUUCAAUAGCUAAACAUGGGUUGUUUGGUUGUGCCUCCAUAAUUCAAUAGUUGCUUUGUCACAGGACUGAUCUCCCACAUUAACCAUCUGGCGUCUCUCUGCAACACAGUUCUACCCUGAAAGAGCUUUCCAUUUCACAACUGAGACCUUUAUUGGUCUAAAAAUGAAACAAGUGCUACUUUUUGAGUCUUCCAGUUAUGCCACUUGUCCAGCUGCAUUGACUCUGAUGUCAGAACACAGCCAGUGACAGAAGGACUUUCACCAAAUGUGGGAUACUCGGCAGCCUUGCACAGCUAUGGGGAAUGAAGACUACUCAGAAUUUAACCUAUGAAAAGAACAGAUUUGAAAAACAGUCAUUAUUACUGUGUCCUCAGGAAUGUGAAAGCCUUUGUUGCAGCUCCCUACAACUCUAAGAA